AUGGUGUCACAGAGUAGAUCUCAGGGGAAUGGGAGUGAUCUGCCGGACAGUCCAUUCAGUGAUCUGGCUGCCGAUUUCGACACUUCAUCUAUAGUUCAAUCACCAACAGAAGAACAAUUCAACAGAAACAAUUUCACUCGUCACAACAAUAUUGAUGAUACAUUGUCGGACUAUCAUUCUGCACCAGCGACACCUCAAUUAAAUACCGAUCGUUUUGAAGGAGGACGGACGUCGUCUUUACGGUUCCAGCUACCUACAGAUCUGUCACAUUUUCCCACGCCGCCUCCUUCGUCAUCGUCAUCCUCCACAUCACAACGUCUUCAUAGUAAUCCAAACAAGUCCCCAUUUCUUGAUGAAAAUGAUACAAUACUCGAAGACGAGGUUUAUGAGAAGCCAAAGUUGCCAGAUGCACUGGAAAACACAAACGAGUUGAGUGAUGGUAGUCUGGAGAAUAUAGCCAAAAGAGAGGAUACGUCAGAUGGAGAGAAUGUAACUAAAAGACAUAGAUGGGGUACUACUAGAAACAAACACGGUAGACCGAAAAAGGAAAAUAUUGGUCGAUCAAAAACCCUCAAAAGAAUAUUGCAUCCACAUGGAGACAGGCAUAGUACAGAAGGAGAUGACAAAGAUCACCUCCAUCGUCAUCGACUGUUCAAGGAGCGCAUAAAAUCGAUUCGAAAACCAAACACCCAUACAAUCCAAUUUCCCGAAAGUCUGAGAAACGAGUCAGAUUCGGAUGAUAAUUUAGAUCCUGAAACUAGUGACCAGAGGAACAGAAAGAGUGAGAAACGAACUGUUGUUUUUAAUAGACCAUUGCCAAAAGAGUUGAAAGAUCCCGAAACUGGGCACCCAAUUACUGACUAUCCAAGAAACAAAAUUAGAACAACAAAGUAUACACCAUUAUCUUUCUUGCCUAAAAACAUUUUUAACCAAUUUUACCACAACAUUGCCAACAUUUAUUUCCUAGCAUUGAUCAUAUUGGGGGCUUUCCAAAUUUUCGGUGUCCCUUCACCGGUAUUAUCAGCAGUGCCAUUGAUUGUUAUUGUAAUCAUUACCGCCAUCAAGGAUGCCAUAGAAGACUCUAGAAGGACUAUCAGUGACCUGGAGGUAAAUAAUCAAUUCACGCACAUUUUAACCCAGGUUGGUAACAAUACUGACUAUCAUUACCAAAAUGUCAAUGUCAAUGAAGAAAAAGUAUCGGCAUGGAGAAAAUUCAAGAAAUGGAAUACAAAACAAAUGAUGAAGCUAUGGGGUGCAUCAAAACGAAACUUGACUAAAGAGGGUAGAGCAAACAAGGAACGGGAGAGGUAUAACCGAGAAAACAAUAUUGUUGAAGAAAACGUGCGAAACUCAUUUGAUAGUGACGUGGGCUCGCCAAGACCUUCGAUGGAUGCUAACCCAUUUUCAGAUCAAAUCCGUAAAUCAUUUCAGCAACAGCGCCAUGAAGCAAAUCAGCAUCAUCAAAAGAUUCUAAAGUUUGUCCGAAAAUAUUGGAAGGAUGUCAAAGUGGGGGAUAUAUUGCGUGUCUACAAUAACGAAGAGAUACCAGCAGACAUGGUUAUCUUGUCAACAAGUGAUGACGACAAUUGUUGUUUUGUUGAAACAAAAAAUCUUGAUGGUGAAACCAACUUGAAAGUGAAACAAGCCUUAAAGUACUCUUCUGUUAAUGAAAAAGUUGCUAAAGCCGAUGAUUUGAUGGAUCAUUCGUUCGAAGUUAACUCAGAAGGACCUCAUGCCAACUUGUACUCAUAUGAAGGUAACUUGCAAUAUGCUGCUAGAGACGGGCAAGAGUUGCAAGAAGCAAUCACAAUUAACAAUUUGCUUCUUCGUGGGUGUACAUUGAGAAACACAAAGUGGGCAAUUGGUAUUGUGGUGUUUACUGGAGCAGACACCAAGAUUAUGUUGAAUGCAGGUGUAACACCAACAAAGCAAUCACGUAUGUCUCGUGAGUUAAACUACUAUGUCUUGCUAAACUUUAUUUUCUUGUUUGUGAUUUGUUUCAUUUCCGGAUUAGUUAAUGGAAUAUACUAUCGGAAAACAAAUACGUCACGAGAUUAUUAUGAGUUUGGAACGAUUGCCGGAUCGCCAGCACUCAACGGGUUGGUGUCAUUCUUUGUGGCAUUGAUAUUGUACCAGUCGUUGGUUCCCAUUUCAUUAUACAUUACAAUCGAGAUUAUCAAGACUGCACAGGCCUGGUUUAUAUACUCAGAUGUGGGGAUGUAUUAUCCAAGAUUGGAUUUCCCAUGUACUCCCAAAUCGUGGUCAAUUAGUGAUGACUUGGGCCAAAUUGAGUACAUUUUUAGUGACAAGACCGGAACAUUGACGCAAAACGUUAUGGAGUUUAAGAAAUGUACAAUCAAUGGAGUCUCCUAUGGGUUGGCAUAUACUGAAGCCCUAGCUGGAUUGCGUAAAAGAAUGGGAGUCGAUGUCGAAUCAGAAAGUGCUCAUGAACGAGCCUUGAUUGAAAAGGAUAAAGUUGAAAUGAUUGAUAAAUUGCACGAGAUUCUGAAAAACACUACCUACGACGAUGAAGUUACAUUUGUGUCACUGAAAUUCAUUGAUGAUUUACGUGGAUUUCUGGGUCAACUACAGCAGCAAUGCGAUCACCAUUUCAUGUUGGCUUUGGCAUUGUGUCAUUCGGUGUUGACUGAGCAAAGCGAAAAGAAUCCUCACAAGUUGGUGUUGAAGGCACAAUCGCCAGAUGAAGCGGCAUUGGUGGGGACGGCACGUUCAUUAGGGUUCAAUUUCAAAGGAACUACCAAAAAGGGGUUUCUUGUUGAUGAGCAUGGCGUAACCAAAGAGUACCAAAUCUUGAAUACAUUGGAAUUCAAUUCGACUCGAAAAAGAAUGAGUUGUAUCGUGAAAAUCCCCGGCAAUGGACCCGAUGACGAACCGAAAGCGUUGUUGAUAUGUAAAGGUGCAGACUCCAUCAUCUAUGACCGAUUGUCAAAGAGCUACAAUGACCCAAAUAUGCUCGAGGCGACUGCCAAGCAUUUGGAGGAGUAUGCCACCGAGGGGUUGCGAACAUUGUGUAUUGCUGAAAGAGAAUUGACUUGGACGCAGUAUACCGAAUGGAAUAAACGUCACCAAAUGGCAGCUUCGGCAUUGGAGAACAGAGAGGACAAGAUGGAAGCCGUUGCUGACUCGAUUGAACGGGAGUUGAUUUUACUUGGUGGCACUGCUAUUGAGGAUCGUUUGCAGGAUGGUGUACCUGAUGCAAUUUCUCUUUUGGGUGAAGCCGGAAUCAAGUUGUGGGUCUUGACUGGUGACAAAGUUGAGACUGCCAUCAAUAUUGGGUUCUCAUGUAAUCUUUUGGGGAAUGAAAUGAAUUUACUUGUGAUUAAAACUGCGUAUUCGAAUGAAGAGUUGGAAAAAAUGGAAUUGAGUUUGGGUCAUGGAAAUGGUGAAUCACAAAUUAUUGACACUGUCAUUUCGCACUACUUGCGCACCUAUUUCGGAUCCUCUGGUUCAAUUGACGAAAAGGAGGCGGCGAUUGGUGACCAUACACCACCAGACGAGCGAUUUGGUGUCAUUAUCGAUGGAGAUGCGUUGAAGUUGGCAUUGCUUGACCCGGAUACCAAGCGCAAAUUUCUUCUUCUUUGUAAAAAGUGUCGUGCUGUUUUGUGUUGUCGUGUUUCACCAGCGCAAAAAGCCGCCGUGGUGAAGUUGGUCAAGGAUACAUUGGAUGUAAUGACGUUGGCUAUUGGAGAUGGGUCUAAUGACGUGGCCAUGAUCCAGGCUGCUGAUGUUGGUGUUGGUAUUGCUGGUGAAGAAGGUCGUCAAGCAGUCAUGUCGUCUGAUUAUGCGGUGGGGCAAUUUAGGUUCCUUGCUCGAUUAUUGUUGACACAUGGAAGAUGGUCAUACAAGAGGUUUAGUGAAAUGAUUCCUAGUUUCUUUUUCAAAAACAUUAUUUUCAACGUGGCCUUGUUUUGGUAUGGAAUCUAUUGUGAUUUCGAUGGAACAUAUCUUUUCGAAUUCACCUAUCUUAUGUUUUACAAUUUGGCAUUCACGUCAUUGCCGGUGAUCUUUUUGGGUAUAUUUGAUCAAGAUGUCGAUGCCAAAGUGUCGCUAUUGGUGCCACAAUUGUACAGAUCCGGAAUUUUGCGAACGGAAAUGAGUGAUUUGAAGUUUUACAUCUAUUGCCUUGAUGGUAUUUAUCAGUCGGCAAUCUCAUUCUUUUUCCCAUACUUGUUGUAUUUGGUUGCGUUCCCCACUUUUAAUGGAAAACCAAAUGAUCAUCGGUUCUGGAUGGGUAUUUUGGUGACUUGUAUUGCUUGUAUUUCAUGCAAUUGUUACAUUUUGUUUCACCAAUACCGCUGGGAUUGGUUAAGUUCGUUGAUUGUGGCUAUUUCCAUAUUGAUUAUAUUCAUUUGGACAGGAUUGUGGACCACCACAGUGUCUUCAAGUGGAGAGUUUUACAAGGCAGCACCACAAGUGUUUGGAAUGACGUCAUUUUGGGCAUGUAUGUUUAUUGGAAUCUUGUGUUGCUUGAUUCCGAGGUUUUUUUACGAUUUUGUUCAAAAAUUCUUUUGGCCUACUGAUGCCGAUAUCAUUCGUGAAUGUGUGCAGCGGGGUGAUUUUGCCGCGUAUCCUGAAGAUUACGAUCCUACUGAUCCCAAUCGACAAAAGAUUAGUUCUUAUUCGAGUAAUGCUGUCAAUCGAAUGAGUAUGAGUUCGAAAAGACAUCUGGGACAUGCCUCUGGUUCGCCCAAGGACCGUGCGACCUCUUCCUCGAAUGAAGAUUUGGCGCAUGCGAAUGCGAAUGUGAACGGGAACGGGAACGGGAACGGGAAUGGGUAUGGAUAUAACCGUGCCGAAGUGUUUGAUCAAAUCAGUGGUGAUGAUGGUCAGAUGUACAAGAAUCCACCAACACCUCCGCCUGGAGUUAUCAUGUCACCAAUUAGAAAGAGGGCACAAAAUACCAUGAGAAAUAUGUUUGGCAGACGAAGUAAUUCUGAUCCUUAUUUUGGCAAUGCCAAUCUUAAUGGCACACAGGAGUCAGUGAUAACGGAGGAGAUUCCAUUGGAUGAUUUUGACACCAAUAGUCCUCGGAAUAGGGCAAGAGUCAGUUUUGACCACAAUAACCGAGUCGUGACGCUGUGA